UUGGCAGUUCUCCCUUUUCGUUUACAAGAAGCAAGAGGGGAACUACAGGAUGAAGCUAAUAUUUUUAUCCAUUUUUUUAAUGUGUGCUUUACAUCAUGCAGACAGUAAUGCUUAUUAUGACAAGAUCUUGUCUCACAGUCGUAUAAGGGCAAGGAAACAAGGUCCAAAUGUCUGUGCUUUGCAACAAGUUAUGGGGACCAAAAAAAAAUAUUUCAGUACCUGCAAAAAUUGGCACCAAGGAGCCAUCUGUGGCAAAAAAGCGACUGUUUUGUAUGAAUGUUGCCCAGGUUACAUGCAAAUGAAUGGCCAACCAGGAUGCCCUGCAGUUGCUCCUAUCGAUAAUGUGUAUGGCACUCUUGGCAUUGUGGGAGCCACCGCAACACAAGAUUACUCUGACCAAUCAGAUCUGAGAAAGGAGAUAGAAGGAGUGGGAUCCUUCACCUUCUUUGCACCCAGCAAUGAUGCAUGGGACCUUCUGGAUCCUGAAAUUCGUUCCUCAUUGCUAAGCAAUGUGAAUAUUGAAUUGCUUAAUGCUCUUCAUUACCAUAUGAUUAAUAAGAGGAUGCUAACAAAAGAUCUAAAAAAUGGAUUAUCAGUUGAAUCUAUGUUUAAUAAUCAAAGACUUUUAAUAAACCACUAUCCAAAUGGGAUUGUCACAGUGAACUGUGCAAGGAUAAUUCACGGAAACCAGAUUGCAACAAAUGGAGUCGUUCAUGUAAUUGAUCGAGUUGUGACCGCUGUUGGAAACACAAUUGAAGAUUUCAUUGAUUCUGAAGACGAACUCUCUACCUUUAGAGAAGCUGGUAUUGCUUCUAAUGCAUUACAAAAACUUGGAAAACCAGGACAUUAUACAUUGUUUGCCCCAACUGAUGAAGCUUUUGAAAAACUUCCACGAGAAGUUCUAGACAGAAUUAAAUCUGAUAAAAAGGCAGCUGAAGCUCUGGUGAAUUUCCAUAUCCUUGACUCUGUUCAGUGUUCUGAAGCCAUUAUGGGUGGAGCAGUAUUUGAUAGCCUUGAAGGAAGCCCUCUUCAGAUAGGAUGUGAUGGUGACAGUCUAACUGUAAAUGGUAAAAAGAUUGUGAGCAGGAAGGAUAUCGUCACAAGCAAUGGUGUUAUCCACUUGAUCGAUGAUGUCCUCAUUCCCGAUUCUGCCAAACAAGUCAUGGAGCUUGCUGGAACCCAACAGACCACCUUCACUGACCUUAUGGCACAGAUGGGCCUAGCAGCCUCUAUGAGACCAGAUGCAGAAUACACACUUCUUGCACCACUGAACGAUGCUUUCUCUGAGGAAACCUUAAGAUUGGAUCAACGUGUCCUGAAAUUUAUUCUGCAGAAUCACAUUCUUAAAUCAAAAGUGGUCCUUAAUGAACUUUACAAUGGUCAGACAUUGGAAACCGUUGGUGGCAAACUUCUAAGAGUGUUUGUUUACCGCACGGCUGUAUGCAUUGAGAACUCAUGCAUGCUUCGUGGAAGCAAAGAAGGAAGGAAUGGAGCAAUCCACACAUUCAGAGAGAUUAUUCGGCCAGCAGAGCAGUCAUUCUAUGACAUCAUAAGCCUUGACAAACGAUUCAGCAUUUUCUUAAGUCUCGUUGAAUAUGCUGAUCUUAAAGAACUUCUAAUGCAACCUGGAGCCUGGACCCUAUUUAUUCCAACCAAUGACGCCUUUAAAGGGCUAAGUGAAGAAGACAUCGAACUCUUAAAACGUGACAAGGUUGCUCUUCAGAACAUUCUGCUCUAUCACCUGGCACCUGGAGUAUUCAUUGGAGGUGGAUUUGAACCCGGUGUCACAAACAUUCUCAAAUCCCUACAAGGAAGUAAAAUAAUGGUCAAGGCAGUAAAUGAUUCAAUUGCAGUGAACGAUGUAUUCUCAAAGGAGGCAGAUCUUAUGGCAAACAACGGUGUUAUUCAUAUUGUCGAUAAACUUCUUUUCCCUGCAGACGCACCUGUUGGAAAUGAGCAACUGCUGUCAAUUCUCAAUAAAAUCAUCAAGUACAUAACUAUUAAGUUUGUUCGUGGAAGCACUUUCAAAGAAAUUCCCUUGACUAGAUACAUUACAAGAAUAACUACUAAUGUCCAGCCUAUUGUUGUUAAAGAACCCACCAUCACAACAUUAAUCGGUGGAGGUGAGACUAUUCGCAGAGUUAUUCAAGGAGGCACUUUGACUGAGGAUGAUACUACUGGGAAUAAAAAUGCAGAGCCCACUAUUACCAAAGUAACGGAAAUAAUUGAAGGGCAGCCAGAGAUUAAAGUGAUUCGUGGAGGUGAGACAAAAAUAACUAAAGUCAUCCAAGGAGAGCCUACUAUAACAAAAGUAACAAGAGUGAUUGAAGGAAAUCCAGACUUCAGCCUGGUUAAGGAAGGAGAAACUAGAGUGACCAAAGUAAUCCAAGGUCCUGAAAUAAAAUAUACUCGUGUCUCCACUGGUCUUGGUGAUGACACAGAUGAAGAAACACUGAAAAAGUUGCUUGAAGAAGAAGUCACCAGGGUAUCCAAGUUCAUUGAAGGUGAUUCACAGUUACUUGACGAUGAUGAGCUCAAAAGGCUUCUCCAGGGAGAGCCACAGGUUAGAAAAAUACAGACAACCAGGAGGAUACAAGGCCAACCCCUGAGGAGAAAAAUGAGGAGAAGUCAUGCACCAAAAACCACUCAACAAUAACUGUAUUGACGCCUCACAGGAGAUUAGCUUUGACGAGUACAAAUUGAACAAUAUACUAUUUUGGAAAAAGGGGUUUUAUGAAUUAUCUGGCAUCUUCCGAAACCUUUUUUUAAUCUGUGGAAAUAUUAAAUUUAUGUUCAAAUCAAAAUUUCGAUAAAGGAGGAUGAUAUGUAUAAAGUAGCUAAAACAUAGAGAAAUCUGAAAUUGCUGAAUGUAUCAAUGGAUAUUAGAUCAUUUUCAUACUAUGCAACCAUCCCAAGCAAAAAAUGCGCUCUAUGAGAGACUCAUUUAAAAUAAAAAAAUAAUAAUAAAAGCACAGGGGUUUAAAAAAAUGUUAAAAAUUACAUUUUAGAUGACCUUUUUAGAUGCCUUAUUGAACCUUAUUGAUAAAAACCCAAUAUUACACAGCUCAUAUACCUUUUGAAAAUUUGAACAAAUAAAUCCUUUGCGUGACAAUAGGACGAUGACCCCACUGACACUAAAACUAUAAGUGGAAUGUCUUAAAAAAGUACAUUAAAAAAAAACUUGUUUUUGGGUAAAAAAAAAAAUACUUCCAAUGGUGCUUGGUUGAAACAUAUUUUUAAUAAUAAUAAUAAAAAAAAAAAACUUGCUAUGCAUUUCUUGUACUAACUCAAAAGGGAUUGUUUGUAAAUUAUGCCUUUUUUUAUAACUCCGGUUUUAUAUGCAUAAAAUCAGAAUCGUUUGCUUCUUUUUUUCGAUUCGUAGCUGUUGCAAUGCAACAAUAAUGUACGCAAGGGAGGAAAUGUUUACUUUACGUUCCUGUGCCUUUUUCUUUAAAGGCUUUUAAAAGGUCUGUUGGGUGUGCCUGUAUACCUCUGUUUCUUAAUAAAUACUCAAUAAAGAAUGUGGUUGAACUAUA